AUGGAAGUGAUUCCGCACGGGUCCGCGGUGCUUGGUAUCCAAACCCCUCGAUCUCAUGGUGCACCGCUCACGCCGGGCCUAUGGUACCCAGCUGGUAGCACUGGCCGGCCGGAAGUGGGUGCCCGUAUUCCAAUGUCCAGUGCGCCUGUAAGGCCGGACGAUGAUGGCCUAAGUCACACAGAUAACCCUAUAAUGCUGUAG